AUGUACCACUCUGUCAUGUACUGUACCACUCUGUCAUGUAAUGUACCACUCUGUCAUGUACUGUACCACUCUGUCAUGUACUGUACCACUCUGUCAUGUACUGUACCACUCUGUCAUGUACUGUACCACUCUAUCAUGUACUGUACCACUCUAUCAUGUACUGUAACACUCUAUCAUGUACUGUAA